CCUUUCCCAGUUUUUAGCGCACCACCCAUCUUGUCAUGGUGAACGCGAAGUCCACCAUGCAUCGGUCUCGUUGAAGGCAUUCACAUCAUUCCUUCCCCGUUCCUCUUUUGAACUCCCGUCCCGUUCUGCAGCGUUUGCAACGCGAUCGUAUCCUUCUAAACCAAGGCGAAGGAGCAGCAAAACAGGGUGGCUGGCUGCCGACAAACACCAGGAGAAGGAGAGCCGACGCACAACCAAGGUCAUUGCUACAAAAGAGGGAAAAUUUAACUUUUUUUUUUUGAUGUAAUCACAGAUAAGUUCUCUAGCUAUCUUUGUCCUGUUUCAACAGUCAGAUGAUGCUUAAUACGCUUGUCAAUACUUUUAUCAUUUCUCCCCAUUCUUUCCCUUCUAUUCAGCUUCCACUUGCUGACUCUUAGUUUCACCUCUGUAGACCAUGUAUAGAAUGAGCUAAUUUGGUACAUACACUAUUUUGAAUCGGUUUCCUGUUCAUCAUUAUGUUUCGCCUUUCUUCAUUCAUGUUAUCCACCAUUCCCCCACCAAGAAUCCUGACCGAUACCACCACCAAAAGUUUUCAGCAAUUUCCAUGUAAAAAUUUCUCUGGUACAUACGUCCGACAGCCUCCCAAUAAGUUUCAUUAUCCUAUGUCUUCUCCUAAGUCAGCAACACUUUCCCUUCAGGAAGAAGUUGAAGAGAGUGAAAAACAACCAAAUAUCAAGUGGUCUGACAUAGGACCUGACAUAACAGAGGCCCAGAAACAGGCUAUUUCUCAACUUCCUCCGAAGAUGACUAAACGCUGCAAGGCCCUCAUGAGGCGCAUCAUAUGCUUCUCUCCUCAAGAUGAAAACCUGCCUCUCCUUUUGGCUGCAUGGGUAAAGGUCAUGAAGCCCAGGAGAGCUGACUGGUUGUCAGUUCUCAAAGAAAUGAAGAGAAUGGAAAAUCCACUGUUCAUGGAGGUAAUGGAAUAUGCCUUACUGGAUGACUCUUUCGAAGCUAAUGUGCGUGACUAUACCAAAUUGAUUGGCACAUAUGCAAAGCAUAAUCUUUUGCAGAAUGCUGAGAAUUCAUUCCAGGCCAUGAAAAAUAGAGGUUUUGCAUGCGAUCAGGUCACCCUCACCGUCCUAGUUCACAUGUACAGCAAGGCCAGAGACCUUAAUCGGGCCAGGGAAGCAUUUGAAUAUAUCAAAUUGCUUGGCAUACCUUUAGAUAAAAGAGCUUAUGGCUCAAUGAUUAUGGCCUAUAUUAGGGCUGGAAUGCUAGAACAUGCAGAGAGUUUAGUAAAAGAAAUGGAGGCUCUAGAGAUUUUUGCAGGAAGGGAAGUUUACAAGGCAUUGCUUAGAGCUUAUUCCAUCACUGGCAAUGCUGAUGGGGCUCAAAGAGUGUUCGAGACCAUACAAUCUGCAAGAAUAGUUCCUGACAGUAAACUCUGUGCUCUUCUUGUGAAUGCUUAUUGUGUGGCAGGUCUGAGCGAGAAAGCUCGCAGCGUACUGGAGAACAUGAGGAGUGCUGGGCUGAAACCAAGCGACAAAUGUGUUGCCUUGAUGUUGGGUGCUUACGAGAAGGAGAACAUCCUUGACAGAGCACUAGCCUUUCUGAUGGAGAUGGAGGGUGAUGGUGUUGUGCUUGGCCCAGAAGCAUCACAGGUCAUGGCGGGCUGGUUCCAUAAACUCGGGGUGAUGGAUGAAGUGGAGCAUCUUCUGAGAGAAUUUUCUGAGCAGGAAGGAAAACAGAAACUACAUUCCUUGUAGUGUUUCUUAAACAAAGGUGGUAUGAGUUGUAAGAGUUUUUCCGAAAUGGAUGCUUUUUUGCAGUAAACAAGUGUAUUGUGCUUGAUGUUACUUCAAGGCACAUGAAAAUAGUAAAUCCAAAUAGCUCCUACAAUGUUCUGUGACUUCAAUUUGCCUCAUCAUUUGAGAAGAGUUUGGAGGUGAAGGAAGAGUAAACAAGCAGUUCAAGUCA